AUGAGUGAUGAAGAGUUAGGUGAGCACGUUUACAAAGCUUUAAAAGCUAAGCGAUAUCUUGUUGUCAUUGAUGAUACAUGGAGUAUCAAAGCUUGGGAUGUUUUGAAAAGGUAUUUUCCAAAUGACCGCAAUGGAAGCAGAAUUGUGUUCACCACUCGACUUGUAAAUGUUGCAAUGGCUUUGCAGGCUAAACCUCACCAUUUCAGUUUUCUAAAUGAAGAUGAAAGUUGGAAUCUAUUACGUUUUAAGGUAUUCCGAAAAGGGAGUUGUCCUAUAGAUUUGAUAGAAAUUGGAAAGGAAAUUGUAAAACAGUAUAGAGGAUUGCCACUUGCGAUUGUUGUAAUAUCAGGGCUUCUCGCAAAGAAAGACAAGACAGAAGAGUGGUGGAAGCAUAUUAGUGGAAGUGUUGGUGGAAGUUAUGUGUUUAUUUGUAUGUCACCUCGUAAGAAAGGUCAGGCACUUAGAGGUCUGGGAAAUAGGCCUACCAUUGGAUAUGUUGCGGAGAGUGUUGACUUCCACAAUUUUGAGAAAAUAGGAUGCUGUCCCACCACCUACUGA